AAGUAUGUUACACUUAGGUGUGUGUAUAUAUGUAUAGAUUACAUUGGGUUAGUAGUUGACUAGUAGUUAACCGCGAAUUUCUCCUGUUUGUGUCAAAGCUGUUAACUGAUAAAAACUGUCUUUUGCAAGUAAUCUGAACACUCGUGCGCGUUGGUAGGCAUUUAACAAAAUAAUAAAUAUUUAAAUAUAAAAGGGCUCGUGUAAGUGUGCGAUUCCGAAAAUAAACAGAACUUUCGAUAUAAUGCCGUUGGCGACCCUAACGGCUCCUUGGACCGAGCACCGUGUCAAUGAGAAGCAAAGCACGGAUAUUCUUCCAGCCGAAAAUCCGGAAGAAACGAUGAUUACUCAAGGAAAUUUAUUUGAAAGACCAAAUAAUUGCUCCGAAUCGCAUGAGAUUGAAGUACGGGAUAUGGUACGAGAUGGUUAUGAAAAAGCUGAACCCUCUCAUUUUGAGUUAUUAAGAGUCCUUGGUCAAGGUUCCUUUGGCAAGGUAUUUUUAGUAAGAAAAGUUGUUGGGAAAGACAGUGGUACGCUAUAUGCUAUGAAGGUUUUAAAGAAGGCAACGUUGAAAGUACGUGAUAGAGUCAGAACCAAAAUGGAAAGAAACAUAUUGGUUGAUGUCGAACAUCCGUUCAUCGUUCGACUACAUUAUGCGUUCCAGACGGAGGGAAAACUUUAUUUGAUAUUAGAUUUUCUAAAAGGCGGUGAUCUCUUCUCGAGGUUGUCCAAAGAGGUAAUGUUUACGGAAGAGGAUGUCAAGUUUUAUUUGGCCGAAUUAGCACUUGCACUGGAUCAUAUACAUAAACUUGGAAUUAUUUAUCGAGAUCUCAAACCUGAGAAUAUCUUACUGGAUACAGAAGGCCACAUAUCUCUAACAGAUUUUGGUUUAAGCAAACAACCUUUAGAUGAUUCAAAGGCAUAUUCAUUUUGUGGUACCGUUGAGUACAUGGCGCCUGAAAUUGUUAAUAGGAAAGGGCAUACUUGUACGGCAGAUUGGUGGAGUUUUGGUGUCUUAAUGUUUGAAAUGCUGACAGGCGCUCUUCCAUUCCAAGGUGCAAAUCGCAAAGAAACGAUGACGCAGAUUUUGAAGGCUAAACUUGGCAUGCCACAUAAUAUUUCAGCAGAAGCACAAGCGCUUUUGAGAGUAUUAUUUAAAAGAAAUCCUACCAAUCGCCUUGGUUCUGGCGGAGUAGAAGAAAUAAAAAACCAUAUUUUCUUCGCUACCAUCGAUUGGGACGCACUUUAUAGAAAGGACAUAAGACCACCGUUUAAACCAGCUGUUAGGGAAGAUGACGCGUUUUACUUUGACAGUGAAUUUACCUGUAAAACACCCAAAGAUUCCCCAGGAGUGCCACCUAGCGCAAAUGCUCACGAGUUAUUUCGAGGCUUCAGCUUUAUUGCACCCUGUUUACUCGCGGAUACAGAUCACAUCAAGUCUCCGGAGAAUAGAAACUACAACAGCAUUAGUGCUAGUUUCCCAUCUUAUGUCAACUCUACUUCCAUAAAUGAUGAAUAUGAAUUUCAACAGGAAAUUGGCAAAGGAAGCUAUAGUAUAGUUUACUUAGCUACCCAUAUAACAUCUAAGUUGGAAUACGCUGUGAAGGUGAUAGAAAAAUCGAAACGUGAUCCGACGGAGGAAAUCGAAAUUUUGUUACGAUAUGGCAGACAUCCCCAUAUCGUAACGUUGAGAGCGGUCCAUGAAGAUGAUAGACGAGUAUAUCUUGUAUUGGAAUUGUUACGCGGUGGCGAGCUUCUUGAUCGUUUACUGCAAAGACGAAAUUUUACUGAACGAGAAGCUGCUGAAGUCAUUUAUACUAUUACCAGUGUAGUACAUUAUCUUCACGAGAAUGGAGUAGUUCAUAGAGACUUGAAGCCAUCAAAUAUUCUGUAUGCAAAAGCUGGUGGUGAUCCAACAACACUUUGUAUAUGUGAUCUUGGUUUCGCAAAACAGUUACGAGCGGAAAAUGGUUUAUUAAUGACACCUUGCUACACGGCGAACUUUGUAGCACCCGAAGUAUUGAAACGUCAAGGAUAUGACGCGGCAUGUGACAUUUGGUCAUUAGGCGUAUUAUUAUACAUCAUGCUAGCUGGAUACACGCCUUUUCGUAAUAGUCCAGGUGAUAGUGCGAGCGAUAUAUUGGAUCGUAUUGGUCCUGGAUAUAUAGAUGUAGACAGCGGAAUAUGGUGUGAUAUUUCAACCGAAGCUAAAGAAUUAGUCAAAAGAAUGCUGCACGUAGACCCUAAUCGAAGACCUACAGCAUCAGUAAUUUUGAAAUAUCCAUGGAUUGUAAAUCGACACCGUAUUCCUCAAAAAGCAUUACCAGAUCUUAUAACAGAUCCACAUAGCCUGAAGAUGGCAGUAGCAGCAACGUACCGAGCAAUGUCAAGUAGUCCAAGAUCUCCACAUAUUGGUCCUGUAGUUAUGUCCGAAUUGGCACGUCGUAGAACACAAGGCAAACCAGCUGGUCCCACCCAAGUUUAAAUUUAUGUAUUGUAUAUCUUGUGUAUGACAAAUUUAAUUCUUAUCUCAAAAUUUCCAGAUGAACAUACAUAGGAUAAUGAAGUCAUUUAAAGUACAAGCAGAAGUAAUUUAGGGAAAAGUGUCGGUAUCAUGAAUGACAUAAAAUUCAUGAAGAGUAUAUGGCAUGAAGAGAUAUUUGACAGUGAGCUGAAUGUGAUAUUUAUUUAUAAUUUUCCAUUGUGUUUAAUACGUAUAUCUAUAAAUAUAGACGUCUAUGUUUAUCACAUGUUGCCAUCAUUCGGGAGUAGAGUAUGAAUGAUUUUGAUGAUAAUGGUCAAAUAUCUACUUUAAUUUCUUUAACUUAUAAAUUAUUAUCUUUAUAUACAUAUAUAUGAAAUUACUAUAUCUCAUCACAAAUCUAAAGGAAUGAAAAAGGGAUGAGAUAACAUGUUGAAAUAAUCGAUUACGAUUUGAUAUAAUCAACAUAUUUAAAAGAUAAAAGUAUUUUGAUGUAUUACGUGUAAAAUUUUAUCUGUGCAAUGUAGCUACAUCAAAUUAAUUUUCUAACUAAAUGUACACCAAGUGUCUUAUAUUUUUGCCUAAAUUCAUGGCUUAAAAUUUUAAACCAUUUAUGGAAAUCCCAGUUUGUGGACGCAAAUUCUAAAAGAAAGAGUAUAUCAGUUUCAUCAUAAAACAAAGACAAAAAUUGUUUAAUUAUUGUUUAAUUGUGAUAGUUUGUUAAAAAAUAAAUUACUGUAUACAUUAUACUUGUAUGUAUGUGGUGAUAUCUAUGAAUUUAUUAAAUAGAAAUGUACUUCAUUAAUUUUACAAA